GGUGUCGGCAGAAGCGACGCGGCGGCGAUGGCGGCUGCAGGUUCGACUCCGGUCAGCCUGGCCCGCUCUGUCCACUGGUUCCGCCGGGGGCUCCGGCUCCACGACAACCCGGCGCUGCAGGCCGCGCUGCGGGACGCCAGCUCCGUCCGAUGCAUCUACAUCCUGGACCCCUGGUUCGCCGCCUCCUCCGCCGUGGGCAUCAACCGCUGGCGGUUCCUACUCCAGUCCCUGGAAGACUUGGACAACAGUUUAAGAAAACUUGGCUCCUGCUUGUUUGUGGUACGAGGGCAGCCAACAGAUGUCUUCCCAAGACUUUUCAAAGAAUGGGGGGUGACCCGUCUCACCUUUGAGUAUGACUCUGAACCAUUUGGGAAGGAGAGAGAUGCAGCUAUCGUCAAAUUGGCCAAGGAAGCUGGCGUGGAGGUGGUGAUAGAGAAUUCUCACACUCUCUAUGACCUGGAUAGAAUAAUCGAGCUGAAUGGCCACAAACCACCUCUCACGUACAAGCGUUUCCAGACCAUCAUUAGUCGCAUGGAGCUUCCCAAAAAGCCAGUGAGCAGCAUAACAAGCCAGCAGAUGGAGAAGUGCAAGUCUGAGAUCCAGGAGAAUCAUGAUGACACCUAUGGAGUCCCAUCGCUGGAGGAGCUGGGUUUCCCCACAGAUGGGCUUGCCCCAGCAGUUUGGAAAGGAGGGGAGACAGAGGCCUUGGCCCGGCUGGAUAAGCAUUUGGAAAGAAAGGCUUGGGUUGCAAACUAUGAAAGGCCAAGGAUGAACGCUAACUCGCUGCUGGCGAGCCCCACUGGGCUCAGUCCCUACCUGCGCUUCGGCUGCUUGUCCUGCCGCUUGUUCUACUACCGCCUCUGGGAUCUCUAUAAAAAGGUGAAGCGUAACAAUACACCACCACUCUCACUAUAUGGGCAGCUUCUCUGGCGGGAAUUUUUCUAUACGGCAGCCACUAACAAUCCCAAAUUUGACCGCAUGGAGGGGAACCCAAUCUGCAUCCAGAUCCCCUGGGACAGGAAUCCUGAAGCCUUGGCAAAAUGGGCAGAGGGCAAGACAGGCUUCCCUUGGAUUGAUGCUAUCAUGACCCAACUGAAACAAGAAGGUUGGAUCCACCACCUGGCCAGGCAUGCUGUGGCCUGCUUCCUGACCAGGGGUGACCUCUGGAUCAGCUGGGAGUCUGGAGUCAGGGUGUUUGAUGAGCUACUGCUGGAUGCAGAUUUCAGCGUGAACGCCGGCAGCUGGAUGUGGCUUUCGUGCAGUGCUUUUUUCCAGCAGUUCUUCCACUGCUACUGCCCUGUGGGUUUUGGGCGCCGCACAGAUCCCAGUGGUGACUAUGUUAGGCGGUAUUUGCCCAAGUUAAAGGGCUUCCCCUCACGGUACAUCUAUGAGCCAUGGAAUGCCCCUGAGUCAGUGCAGAAGGCAGCCAAGUGCAUCAUUGGAGUGGACUACCCCAAACCCAUGGUAAACCAUGCAGAGACCAGCCGGCUAAACAUUGAACGCAUGAAACAGAUCUACCAGCAGCUGUCACGCUACAGGGGCCUCUGUUUGUUGGCCUCCGUCCCUUCCUGUGCGGAAGAGCUCAGUAACCCAGUCACAGACCCAGCAUCAGGCCAGGGCAGCAGCACCAGUACAGUUCAGAGGCUGUUGCAUUGUGGCCAGACCUCUCCAAAGCGUAAACAUGAGGGAGUGGAGGAGCUGUGCACUGAAGAGCUGUACAAACGAGCCAAAGUGACGGGUCUGCACAUUUCAGAGAUCCCCAGCAAGAACUUGUGAACCCAGAGAUGGGAGAAUCACAAGGGAAGAGUUGGGGUGCUGGAGUGUUUGCCACAGCAGUGGAGGGGUGCUGCUUCCAGAGGGAUCAGAGCUUUUGACCAACAGCUGAAAAUGUGGGAGGUCUUUGAAUGUGUAAUUCUGGUGGCUGCCACAGAGAGAGAUUGCAUCACUUGUGCUUGAGUACAUUUUGGCUCACUGUUAUACAGAAGCCCUGGGACCUAAACUUGUCUCUUCUCAGCCAAACCUGGAAUCUGCCCAGAUUGGAAGGGGGAAAAGUUUUCCAUUCUCUCCCAAGUGUAUCUUUCUUUUCCAUUUGUAUGCACUGGUCCAUUUGCUGCCUAAUUACAGGGAGCAUCAUCUGCAUGUCAGAAGAAAUAGUCACCCUUCCUGUUAAAUGGCAGGCAGUGAAUUGUCUGUCGCCCCAAACAGGCCAAUUCUCCUGUCUGCAUAACAGGGUUCUCCUUGAGGCAUCUCUUUGAACAGCUCCGGUCUCAAAGCAUGUUGAAGUGUCCACCUGUAUGAGACAGUCAGCAAAGUAGUGGGAUUGGGAAAAGGAUGAAGCUGUAAUAAUGGAACAUCAGUACGGCAGUAACCAUGACCACCCUCCAUGGCCCAGGGAUCCCUUUAAGAUUCAUUGAGCAAAUAACAUUCAUACUGGUGCCUGAUCAUGACCCUGGCCAGUCUCCAAAUGAGGCAGAUGCCUAGAAUAGGCCGUUGAAUGCAGGCUUUUGCCUCUAGGGGUCAUCUUGAGAGGAAAUUUCAAGAGAAGGGUGACUCUUCUGAGAAUAAGACUGACUUGAUCAUAUAUGAAGCUUUCUCCUAGAAAUUUGCUCCUCUGAGUAGCAGAGAAAGCUACACCUGGUGAGGAAAACUAUUCUGGCCAUACUGGGCUCUGGCCUCUACCCUUCCUGCACUUUUUCCUUCCUUAAGAAGCCGCCCUUUCAAGCAGAGUGAGCAAUGUCCAGUGUGAAGCCUGUGCAGCGUCUGAUGUGGAGUGAAUGUACCACUAGAAUGAGGCUGGGCUGUUAGGCAGCUCUGAUUAGCGAGUCUUCCUUGGGCUCUAUAGCCCAUUCUUUGUGGAUAUCAGCUCCGCUUCCUGUAGGUUGCAGUGCAUUUGCAUCUGUGUGUUUGGUUUCUGCAUUGUGUAACCCUAUGGCCAUGUACCCUGCACAGCAUCUUUCCCCCACACCUGCAUUCAGUGCUUUGUAUUCUAACCUGGCAGCUUUGUAGGACAUACAGGCUGUUAACCAUACAUCCCUUGGUCUUGUUCUGUAUUUCAUGCUGUUUCAAUAGGGUGCUCACAGGCCCUCAGGCUGCCUUCCCAAAUGAUGGGUGGAAUAGAGUAGACGGGCCUCUGUUUCUGCAGCCUUCAUAAGGAAUUGUCUCCAGUAGCUGUUCUUAGCACUAUGUAUUUAUUCACAGUCUGAAACCCCUACUUGGCACAGACAUAGCCCCUAGCCAAAACAGCGGCUUAGGUUUACAUAUAGCCUCACCUACUAAUAACCUGCUCCCUUACCGUGACAUUGGGAGACCAUAGUUUCCCAUCUUGAAUAGAUUUGGAUUCAAUGUGGGCACCCUCAUAAAUGACCCUGAGGUUACAAGUAUGCAGCAAUUCAGGGGCAUAUGAAAGGUUUACAAUAUGGGGAGGUGGGGCAAUUGUAUCAGAACCAAGAGCUAGUUUAUUAAACAGCCGAUAAAUAAUCUUUCCUUCCUACUAACACUAGGGCAUUGACCCCAGAUUUCCUUUUCCAGUGGAAUCUAUUGACCAGAUUUUCCAAGCAAACAGUGAGUCACCCCUCCUGACCAUGUUUGAUGUCUAUUUUUCCAGACUAAUAUCCUCUAGCGAGGAUUUAGAAAUAACACAGUAAACCAGCAUAGCUGGGGUUUUGUCUCCAAAUCUUUACCCAGAGGGGCCCCUAUAGCCUUGUAACUGUAGGGUUUAGGGGAAGGAGAGACCCCUGUCCUCUUCUGCAGAGAGAAGGGGAAAGAAAUGCACUUUGUACACUUAGAAUUUAGAAAUUGUGACUUCUGUCAUAUGGAAGGUUUCAUGCUUGUCUGUAAAUAUGACAUUGUUUUAUAAAUGUCUUUAACCCUCUA